CCCACCUGAGAUUCGGGGAACAUUCGCCAAAGCAAAGCUCAACCCUGAAAGCUCCUUUGCAAGCGGCUCGGGCAGCCUUUUACAGUUUUCAAGAUGGCGAUGAAUCUUGAUCUUUCCAAUGCGGCGGUGAUGAAAGAUGAGCAGGGUCGGCCGUUCAUUGUCGUUAGAGAUCAAGGAAAGAAGAAGAGGCAAUAUGGAAACGAGGCGGUCAAGUCACACAUUCUAGCUGCUAGGACAGUGGCAAACAUCGUCAAGUCUUCACUGGGACCUCGCGGCCUGGACAAGAUUCUCAUUUCUCCCGAUGGCGACAUUACCGUAACCAACGACGGUGCAACGAUCCUGCAGCAAAUGGAGAUCACCAACCACGUUGCCAAACUUCUGGUUGAGCUUUCCAAGUCACAGGAUGAUGAGAUCGGCGACGGCACAACGGGCGUUGUUGUACUGGCAGGCGCGCUUCUGGAGCAGGCAGCUGAGCUCAUCGACAAGGGCAUUCACCCCAUCCGUAUUGCUGAUGGCUACGACCAAGCUUGUGACAUUGCUGUCGCAGAGCUGGACGCCAUCUCGGACGUUAUAGAAUUCAGUAAGGACUCGACAGAGAACCUGGUCAAGGUCGCAAGGACAAGUUUAGGAAGCAAGAUCGUGUCAAAGGCACACGACCAGUUCGCCAACAUUGCGGUAGAUGCCGUACUGUCCGUGGCUGAUUUGGAGAGAAAAGACGUCGACUUUGAACUCAUCAAGGUAGACGGCAAGGUCGGAGGCUCACUCGAGGACACGCUUUUGGUCAAGGGCGUUAUUAUUGACAAAGACUUUUCACACCCCCAAAUGCCAUCAGAAGUCCGUGAUGCCAAGAUUGCUAUCUUGACAUGCGCUUUUGAGCCCCCGAAGCCAAAGACUAAACACAAGCUGGAGAUCUCAUCAGUCGAGGAGUUCAAGAAACUGCAGAACUAUGAAAGGGAAAAGUUCAUCGAGAUGAUUCAGCAGAUCAAAGAUACAGGAGCAAACCUUGCAAUUUGCCAAUGGGGCUUUGACGAUGAGGCCAACCACCUGCUUCUACAGAACGAGUUGCCCGCUGUUCGGUGGGUUGGCGGCCCUGAGAUAGAGUUGAUUGCAAUUGCAACCAACGGCAGGAUAGUUCCCCGAUUUGAGGACCUCAAGGCAGAGAAGCUUGGUACUGCAGGAGUCGUCCGCGAAAUGACCUUUGGCACGACGAGAGAGAAGAUGUUGGUCAUUGAGGAGUGCGCAAACACCCGAGCUGUCACCGUGUUUGUCAGGGGAAGCAACAAGAUGAUCAUCGACGAGGCCCGCCGCUCACUGCACGAUGCUCUAUGCGUCGUCCGGAACCUCGUCCGGGAUAACCGAGUUGUUUACGGUGGCGGCGCUGCCGAAAUCGCUUGCAGCUUGGCGGUUGAGGAUGCUGCUGUCAAGACACCCGGCCUGGAGCAGUACGCGAUGCGUGCUUUCGCCGAAGCCCUUGACACGGUGCCCAUGACACUCGCCGAGAACAGCGGUCUGAACCCAAUCGCCACGCUGGCCGAGGUCAAGUCGCAGCAGGUCAAGUCUGCAGGCGGUCGGGGACGUCUUGGUGUUGACUGCAUGGGUCGUGGCAACAACAACAUGAAGGACGCAUUCGUCAUUGAUCCUCUCAUUGGUAAAAAGCAACAGCUUAUGCUUGCCACUCAGCUAUGCCGUAUGGUGCUCAAGGUUAACAACGUUAUCGUUUCUGGAUCCGGCGAGGAGGAUUUCUAAGCGGAUAUGUCGACUAUGGUUUUUAUGGGCUCCAAGUUGGCGUUUUUUCGAGAUACCAGAAAAAGAUAGACGGUAUAAAUGAGCAAAACAGUUGAGGACUAUUGGAAGUGAGCACUAGGUGUUCUGCGCGACUGGUGAUAUGGUUCGAACUCGCCAAUACACCUUCUCCAUACCGGGGAUCGCAAUGUCUCGGCCUGUGUGUCUACUCACUACUCCCACUAGGACUAGCAGAAAUAUGCACAAAUAUGGAAGCACGGCACACAUGGACUUCUAAAACGAUGCCCGAUCUAUUUUGCGUGAAUAACAACAUCCUUUUCCCCAUUGUCACUUAAGUCCUUUUUCCGUAACACCAACACUCACCAAAGCAUUCCCAAGGCCCGUCAGAAAGAAGAACAUAUCUUUGGCCAAAAAGCCGUCCCACUUUUUUCGCACCGACAAUGCUUGAUCCCGUGUUUUAUUCUUUUUUUCUUUAUAAAGAAAAAUCCCCUAUUGACACCAAAUGAAAGCCAACCAUCCAAAUGCAUAUCGGAAAAAAAAAAGCAGAAAGACAGAAAAGAUGGUCCAAAAAUAGACCAAUAAGUACGCGCACCGCUCAGCCACCAAGCUUGGAGUAAUGGAAGUGCUCCUGGUGGUUGGCAGCCUUGUUUGUCUUCCACUCCAUCCUUCCACGAUGGUGACCUUCGGCCUUCCGACCGCGUUGCUCCGACCUCUGCACCUCCUUGAUCUUAACUUUAGACACACCGGCCAGUGCUUGGCCGCCAGUCGCUCGGGUGAUAAGAGCGCGGUAGUUGGAGCCGUUGCGACGGGCGAGCCGGUUGAGGCCAUCAAUGUCCAUAUCAUCUGGGCUACCAGCGCGACCCUGCUCGAGGGCGAGACGCUCGGCCUUCUCCUCUUCCGUGACAGGCCGGUCGCGUAGAUUCUGUCGGUAGUAGCGGUUGUGGGCACGGUGUCCCACAUGUUUACCGUUGGGAAGGUGCAGUUCGUACUCGUCAUAGAAAGCGGCAUGGGUGUGCUUGUGCGCAUGUGAAUGCCAACCAUCCUUUUGGUGGUGCCCACGCGGGUCGCUUGUGCUAUGAUGCGGGUGGCGUUCGAGCCUUUCGUAUUGGUGGUAGUGCUUCUCUGCAGGCACAGCGGUCAGGUUCUCCGAGUCCAGGGAGGAGGCUGAACUGUCUGUCUCCCAUCCGUCUCCGUCCUCCAUAACCUCGUCGCCAUCUUCGCCCUUGACCGUCGUGAUUCUCUUGGCACCCAGUUUGGCCCCACCUGAACGAGGAACAUCAUCAUCGUCCUCAGUAUCCGACCCCUCGCCGUCAGAGUAUGUGCUCCUGAAAUCAUAAAACUCGCCAAUCUCCAGCUGCUCCUCCUCUGUAGAAUAGGGGAUCUUGCAGUGACUAGUGUCGCGCAUGUGGGUCUGAACAGCAAAGACAUUUGCUUUGACUUUGCUGCAGUAUAAGCACUCGUUGAGCUCCCGCACACGGUACUCCAAGGCCUCUAUAAGCCCAUCAAGGUUGACAAGAUAGUCCUUUUCGGGUAUGAACAUGCCAUGUAUGCGCUCCAUGUGGGUAGCGUUGAGCCGACUAGUGGGAGACUCGUAGUUGCAGAACAGGCAGGCUUUGAUGUUGUUGGGCGGUGCAGCCUCGGGCCUGGUCGACUCAACGGGGGUUGCAGUUCCAGAAUCCUCAUUCGCCUGUUCGGAUAAUGGGUGUUCUGCCUUGGAGAGGUGAGGGUUGGAGGGCCGCUUCAGUGGAGAGGUACGCUCUUCGCUGCCGUUGAUCUUUGUUGUUUUGAGGCCCUCGACCAUCUGGCUAAACUCCUCUUCAGCAUCGGAGUCAAGAUCAACCUUGCUCUUGUUGCUGUUAUCUGGGAUUGGCUCUCCAAGGGAGAAGGUAGAGCUGACGACAGAGCUCGCUUCGUCGAACACGCGACCAUCCUUGGAGCCACGUGCCGCCUCGCGUGCUUUGUGUUUCUGGCUGCCGAUGUGGUUCUGAAAUGAGUUUUCACUGUAAUACGUCUUUUGACAGACCUCGCAGGCCCGCUCGAAACCGACUUUGUCUGCCUGUGCUGUAGUGGCCGCGCGCGCCUGGAGAACCUUUUCGUUGAAGAUCUCUGAAGAAAUCGGGGGCAGGGAUGCGACACGGCGCUUCAGGUUGUACCGGUGCCAGUCUCCCUUCAUAUGAUUCUUCUGGAGGUCAAUAUUUCUGAAAGCAACGUGGCAAGUGUUGCAUGUAUACGGGUGGCUCGCCGGAGCACCCGAGGCGCUGACGCCCGAGGCAUCCCCAGGGUCGGGAGCGCCGCGACCGGCUGCUAUCGUCGCCAUGAUGAGGGGUACUCUCGAGCUGUUGUGUCUAUGGUGAAUAUUCAAGUUUCGUAACUGCUCUGAAAUGGAGAUCGUGUUCGAAGGAGCAGACGACGGAGGAAAACGAAACCUUCAGCAGGUACCGAAGAGUUUUGUUGGUGAAGAAAAUAAAAGUUGAUGGGAAGAGGGGGGGGGUUUUCCAAGUGAGGGGACUUCGAGUCACAAAUUCGGUAGGGGCGGAAGGCGAAUUGUGGGGGGUUAUUUUUUCUUGUCAAGGGUAUUUCUGAAUUUGGUAGGUAUGGAAAUUUCCUAUUUGCGAUGGGGAAUUGCAAAACCACAGAAUUAGCAACCCCGGAAUCUUGUCGAGACUGAAGGAUUGGACCGUCAGCCUUGAUAGUGAAAGAUAAG